AACUCGGCCCCAUGUUCGCCAACCACCUCACGACCAUCGCCCCGCACGCCGCCGUCAUGGUCAGUCCUUCGCACCGCAGCACCAAGUCGCGCAGCUCGUCCACAACAAGAGCUUCAGCGCCUCAGAGCACGAAGAAGGACCGGGCCAAGAGCGAAGACACGAGCGCCAAGGCUGAAAUGCGCAUCCCGCCUCGCCAGUCCGUCUAAACCAAGGCAUCCACCAUACCAGGCAGUCCUGUAGCAUAAUAUAUUAUAAAUACACGCCCAUCCUGCUGCAACCGGCUGCCCCGCAGAGUGCAGGAGUAAAUUC